AUGGCCAGCACAGCGGUCCAGCUCCUAGGCUUCCUGCUUAGCUUCCUCGGCAUGGUGGGCACGCUCAUCACCACUAUCCUGCCGCACUGGCGGAGGACGGCCCACGUGGGCACCAACAUCCUGACGGCCGUGUCCUACCUGAAGGGACUGUGGAUGGAGUGCGUGUGGCACAGCACAGGCAUCUACCAGUGUCAGAUCUACCGUUCGCUGCUGGCGCUGCCCCGGGACCUGCAGGCGGCCCGGGCGCUCAUGGUCAUCUCCUGCCUGCUGUCAGGCAUGGCCUGCGCCUGCGCUGUAGUGGGCAUGAAGUGCACUCGCUGUGCCAAGGGCACACCCGCCAAGACCACUUUCGCGGUGCUGGGGGGUGCGCUCUUCCUGCUGGCAGGCCUGCUGUGCAUGGUAGCCGUGUCCUGGACCACGAACGAUGUGGUGCAGAAUUUUUAUAACCCGCUGCUGCCCAGUGGCAUGAAGUUUGAGAUCGGCCAGGCCCUGUACCUGGGCUUCAUCUCCUCGUCCCUGUCUCUCAUCGGGGGCACCCUGCUCUGCUUGUCCUGCCAGGAUGAGGCCCCCUACAGACCCUACCAGCCCCAGGCCAGGGCUGGGGCCACCACCACGGCUCCCGCCCCUGCCUACCGCCCACCAGUAGCCUACAAGGACAACCGUGCCCCCUCGGUGACCUCAGCUGCACACAGUGGGUACAGAUUGAAUGACUACGUGUGA